CAUUGCUUGCUCAUCUGCAACCGGUAGGUCUUACUGCAAGAACCCUAGCAUUUCUCUCUCCCUUUGCCUUCUCUCCAUCAUGGCCUCUCGCUGUAGAUCUCUCUCAAAGCCAACGCUUUCUCUCCUCAGAUCGUCCUUCUCCAAAUCCACCUUAAAACCCAAACCCGCGUCUUCUCUCCCUACCACCAGGUCUUCUCCCACAUUUUCAAGGCCAGUUCCUCAAUUGGGUUCUCUUCAGUCUCUGCUUCCUCUCCACUCAGCUGUGUCUUCAGCUCGGCUUACCUCGUGCCUCGGCAUCGAUUCGAGGAGCUCGAGGUCAUUGUCUCAGGGGGCACAAACCCUCAGGGACACAAGUUGAAUUGGGGAGCUUGCACAUGGUUUCAGAAGGUCGUAAUGAUUUUUUAGCAACACAUUGAAAAGUACUUUUCAGGUUUUGCCUUCUUUGUUGAAAAGAAAAUUAAUCUGUUGAUUGGAUGUAAUAAUUUGUGAAAUGCUGUUUCUGACAUACUUGGAUAGAAUCAAAUGAACAUAAACUACUGCUUAAUGAAUGAUUAGAAUAUGAUCUCUGUUGAUUGUUUAUAGAUGAUCUCUUUGCUUGUAGUUAACUGAAAUCUUAACUUGUGACGAUGCUAAUUCCUGCAGUUUCUAUUUUGCACAGAGCUAGGUCUCAGCGUGCCUCGAUAAGAGAUUAAGAUGGAUGAUCAGAGUCAAGAUGUUCCUUCUUUAGACGGCCUUCUGAUGAUCUUUUCAUACUAGUUAUAGUUAUUUUCAGUUGUUUUUAAUGAUGGAGAUACAGCUGCAGGAAUUGAAUUCCCUAGUUGCCUCAAUUGUUGAAAAUUUGUCCCCUUAGAUUUCAAUUUAUGCUCCGCAUUACCUCAAAUAUAAAAUGUAUUGUGUUUAUCCAAUCAAUCAAUUAGUAUUUC